UUGCAUUGUGUUCGUAAAUAUUUUUUUCUGUUCAACUGCAGUUAAAAAGAAACAAGAAACAAAUCUAACGGAUAUUCUCAAGUGAUCGUGGAGUGAACAAAAUGUAAAGUUACCAAAAGAAUGAAAACGAAAAUCAAAUGCUAAAAGGAAGCGAUCAAAAAAAGAACUAACCGGCGAACAACAGACGAAAGCGAAACGAAACUCUUUUCGCGCUCGCAAAAUCAAAAUUCUAAAUUCGAAAAGUAAAAAAAAGAAAAAAGUCAACAUCCCAAGAAAUCUUCAAGUUCUUCGUUUCGGUCUUUUUUUUAUGUUAUUAUUCUUCAGUUGUUUUGUGUUUCGGUGAAGCAGAAGAAGAAAACGGAGAAGAGAGAGAGAGCAGCAAGCCGCUAAACACAAAAACUGCACAAAGCGAAGGCGCAGAUAAUACAAAUACAAAAAAAAAAAUAAACAAAACACAAAACCAAAACGAGCGGCAAAGCAGCCAACGAAAAAUAUAACAAUAUCAACUACUACAAAAUAAAUAAAAACAUCUGAAGCAGCUGUCGAAGCAGCAACAAGAACAACAGCAACAACAGCAACAAUUAAGAAGCAAGCCACAUGAGCAGCAGCGCGACGACAACGCCGACGCAAACGCCAACGCCGACGUUUAAUGGCGAGCAUAAAAAGUGAAAUGCCGCCACUGCACGCGGCAGAGGCGCUCGCUGCCAGCAGCAGCAGCAGCAGUAGUAGCGGCGCAACUGAUAGCGGCGGCGGCGGCGGCACAGCAGCAACUGCAGCAGCAGCAGCAACAACUGCAGCAGCAGCAUCAGCAACAACUACUGCAUCAGCAGCAACUGUUGCUGGUGGCAGCGCGCCAGCAACGCCGAAUGCGAAUGCAACAAUCAGCGCCGCCGCCGACUCCAGCGAUAAUCAGCCAGGCACGCCGCAGCCCACAACACAGCAACAAUCGCUGAUGGCUGUUGAAGCACAGCAGCAGCAGCAAGCGUCGGGCAUAACGCAUCAGCCAUAUGCAACGCACCACAUGUACACAGCAGCAGCGCAACAGCAACAGCAACCACCGCAGCAGCAACUCUAUGGCAGCCUCUAUGCCAGCGACAUGCAACAGCAACAGCAGCAGCAGCAGAGCUAUGCGGCAAGCAGCUACAUCAACAGCUAUGAACAAUUCUAUCAGCAACAGCAGCAGCAGCAGCAGAGCGCAGCUGAUUAUGGCGGCGCCUACGUGGACUACAGUAAAGCCUCUGCAGUGCGCUAUCAUCCGUAUUUGCAGCAGCCGACGUCAGUGCUGCCAACGGCUGUAGCAGCCGCAACUGUUGCUGCAGUAGAAGAUGCCACAGCAACGGCAGCGGCAGCAGUAACAACAACGGCCGCAGCAGCAACUGUUGCUGCAAUGAGUCCGCGAGUGGUUAGCAGCAGCAGCCCCACCUCCACAUCAUCGCAUCUGCAAUUGAGCAGUGCCACGCCCAGUUCGCCGGGAGGCGGCUGCAAGUUGCAGUGCAAAAAGUGCGGCAUCUUGAACACAAAUGAAUCGGAAUUGCAGGAGCACAUCGCCAAUGUGCACGGAGAAUCGCCAUACGGGAGCAGCGGCUAUGCCAGCUCGCCCUACAUCAAGGAGGAGAUGCCCAUGCCGACGCCAACGGCGGUGGCCGCAGCAGCAGCAGCGGCGGCGGCAGCCAGCGGUGAAUUGCUCGAUCUGGACUCACAGAAGAUGGUCUAUCAUCAGCAAUUGUUGCAGCAACAGCAGCAGCAACAGCACCACCACCAGCACCAACAGCAACAACAGCACCAACAGCUGCAUCAACACGACGCUGUUGUUGCCGGCUUGCCAUUGGCACUGCCCGAUCCCUUGCAUUCGAUGCAAUCGAUGCAGCAACGUGCGCUGCACAGCUGGGAGCAACAGGCGACGCCCACCGAGGGUCUGCCCGCGUACAUGCAGCCGCUGCUAGAGAAAUCGCCGCACUACUACGGCUCGCCCAAGCAGUCGCCGUACCAUCCGUCGACGGUGGUGAAGCAGGAAUAUGCAUUGAUCAAAUCCGAAUAUGCCGAUUCGCAGCACUAUGUGGAUAAGUCCUUUGACCCGACUGCAGCGGAGGUGACCACCAGCCCGGCCGAGUUUCCGAGCACCACAACAACAGAUGGCAACGCUGUAGGUGGCAACGCUGGCACAGCAUAUCGCGGCUUUGAGCCGCCCAGCUCCAGCUCUGUGCUGCCGGCAAACAGUCUAACAGCCAAGGCGGCCACCUGGAAGUCGAACGAGGCGCGUCGUCCCAAGACCUACAACUGCACCGCGUGCAACAAGUGGUUCACCAGCUCUGGCCAUCUGAAGCGCCAUUACAAUACGACGCUGCAUAAGAAUGCGGUUAAGUCGAGCGGCCAGCCGGAUCCGGCAACGCUGCCCAUUUCCGCACACCAUCAUCCUGCACGUGAUCCCGUUACGAAGACCAGCCGACGCGGCAAUGCGGCUGCAGCUGCCGCAGCAGCAGCGGCGGCGGCGGCGGCAGCAGCAGCAGCUGCAGCUGCCACACAGGAACCGCCAGCACCGGAGCCGCCGAGAAGUCCGCCGGACUAUGGAGGAGGUGGCGGCGGUGUUUGCGGAGCGACGGGCGUGCAGGUGGGCGCCGCCAUGUCGCAGUACUCGGCCUCGCCGUCGCCCACCGCUCAGCAGCAGCAGCAACAAUUGAUUGCCAGCAAUGGUUAUGCCAAUGGCCACGCCCACUAUCAUGGCCAUUACAACAUCCAGCAGCAGCAGCAGCAGCAACAAGUGCAAUCGACGACAAACGCUUCACCACAGCAUGCUAACAGCAACAACAGCAGCAGCAGCAACAGCAGCAGCAGCAACAACAACAACAAUUCCGUUUUGAACGGUCACCCAAACGGGCUAGCAGGUCCCUCCGCCCCAAUCAACAACAACAACAACAACAACACACAAAUGCCGUCCUCCCAAAUGAGGGGCCUGCUGAACAACAACAACAACAACAAAAUAACAACAAUCAACAACAACACAACAACAACAAUAGCCACAACUAUAAAAGUCGAGCAAAUGGAGGACAGCAGCAACUCAGCAAUGGUCAUGGAGGAGCAGGAGGAGGAGCAGCAGCAGCAGCAACAGCAGUUGGAGGAGCAGCAACAGCAGCAGCACGUCUUGCUGCAACAUCACCCACUGGAGCAACAGGAACAGGUCAGCUAUCUGUUGUCGCGGCCCUAUCACAGCAGCAACAGCAACAGCAGCACCACCAUCACCACCACCAGCACCACCAUCAGCAGCAACCAGCAGCAGCAGCAGCUGCAGCCGCUGCAGCAGCAGCAGCAACUGGAACAGGAGCAGCAACACCAAUCGCACCACCACCAACUGUUGCAGGCAAUGGAUUUCUCGCGCACCCAGCCGCUGCUGCCGCCGCCGCCUAUGGCAGCGCUGCUGCCGCCUAUAACAAUGGACUACAACAUGCUGGCUUUGGAUAUGCAACAGCAGCACAGCAAUAUGCUGCAGUGCAGCAGCAUCAGCACGCCGCAGCAGCCGUUGCUGCCGGUCACUAUUACCACCACGCCCAUCCACACGCCCAUCCCCAUGCACACCCACACGCCCAUGCACACGCCCAUGCCCAUGGCCAUCCCCACGCCCACCACCCACACGCACAUCAAUAUGGACAUGGAAUGCACCACUAUGCAGCAGCAGCAGCAGCAGCAGCAUUACCUGGCACCACAGCCGCUGUCGCCGCUGCCGCAGCCGCUGCAGCCGCAACAACUGUUGCUGGUGGACAGCAACAGCAGCAGCAGUAGCAGCAACAACAUCAGCAGCACAGCAGUAACAGCAACGGUGGGGGCAGCAGCAGCAGCAUCGCCGGGGCCGCCGCAACACAUCAUCACCAGCAGCAGCAACAGCAGCAACAUCAUCAGCAGCAGCAGCAACAUCUCCAACAACAGCAGCAGCAACAUCUCCAGCAGCAGCAACAGCAGCAACAACAUCCUGCCAUGCUAUCAGCAACUGCCGCCGGUGCUGGAGCACACAAUGAGCUAUCACACUAUUAUUGGUAACGAGCCGGGCCACUAUGACACCUACACGACCAGCGAUGGCCAUCAGAUAUUGCAGCUGAUGCCGGCUGCCUCGCUCUUUGCGCCCUAUGCACCACUUUCGCCCUAUUCGGUGGCUGCGCAACGGUCGCCGCAGGAGGGGGAUUUGCCGCCGGUGCAUACGUUGACAAAUGCAUUGCAGGCGCAGCAGGAGGCGCAACAGCAGCAGCAGCAGCAGCAACAACAACAGCAGCAACAUACAACUUUAACGCUCUUGGCCACGCCCACUCCAUAUUCGCCCACAGUGAGCAGCUCGCGUGCAACGCCUGGCUUGGAGCUGGACAUGGUAUCGCUCAUAGCACAGCAGCAGCAGCAGCACGAAUACGAGCAAUAUCAGUUGCAGCAACUCGAACAACAUCAGCAGCAGCAGCAGCAGCAGCAGCAACAACAGCAACAGCAACAUAUUGAGCAACAGCAACUCGAGCAGCAGCAGUUGGAGCAGCUGCAGCUGCAGCAGCAAACUGUUGCUGUGUUGCCCAAAAAGCGACGUGCUGCUGUUGCACUCUCGUCGACAACAACAGCAACUGUUGCUGGGCCGCCCAGCAAGCGACGUCGCAACAGCAGCAUCGGCUCAACAUCGCCGCACUCGACCACGUUGCCAUCGGGGCGCAUCAAGUGCUUGGAAUGCGACAAGGAGUUCACCAAAAACUGUUAUCUCACGCAGCACAACAAGAGCUUCCAUUCCGGUGAGUAUCCCUAUCGGUGCCAGAAGUGCGGCAAGCGUUUCCAGUGCGAGGAUGUGUACACCACGCAUCUGGGCCGCCAUCGCACCCAAGAUAAGCCGCACAAGUGCGAGCUCUGUCCAAAGCAAUUCCAUCACAAAACCGAUUUGCGGCGACACGUGGAGGCCAUCCACACGGGUCUGAAGCAGCAUAUGUGCGAUAUUUGCGAGAAGGGCUUCUGUCGCAAGGAUCAUCUGCGCAAGCAUCUCGAGACGCACAAUCGUCCGCGUGUUGUUGGCAAAAAGGCGGCGGCAGCUGUUGCUGCUGCUGCUGCUGCUGCCGCUGCCAAAGCAGCAACGGCAGCAACUAAAGCAGCAGCAGCAACAGUUGCAGCUACUACAGCCAGGACAACAGCUGACGAUGUUGCUGCUGACGACGAUAGCUUGCUAGACGACGACGAAGACGAUAAUGAUGCACAGCAGCAACAUCAGCAGCAGCGCCAGCAACUGUUGCUGAGCGGCGAGCAUCAUUUGAUUAAAAACGAAUUUGUUGAUAUUAAGAAUGAGUACGAGGAGGAAUUCACGGAGGACUUUCAUAUUAUUGAAAAGGAUAUAGAAAUGUAUUGAACGGGAAGAUAUAUCUAUAUUUAUAUAUAUAUAUUGAGAGAUAUAUGUGGGGCA